AUGAAAGGCAGGGUGUGGGAAGUUUUUCAUCACCUGCCGAGCUUCAUGGAAUCAGACAGCAAAAGUUUCCAGCCAUGGAAAGACUACAUGGGACUGUCAGACACGAUCAAAGAGAUCCUGGGGACAAACGCCGCCAGUGAGUCAUCACCUUCUGCGUCUCCUGCUCAGCGCUCAAACCGUCAGGAUGUGCGCCAGGUUGUGCGCAUUAACGCAGCGGCCCAAAGCGCAGACCUGGGGCUUGAACCAGAUCCGCCCUGUGAAGUUCCACUUCCCACACCUUUUGCCCAUCAUCACCCACCUGACGAUCUGCUGGACGCGUUACACUUGAACGCAUACGAGUCGGUUUCGGUGGAAUCGAAACCCACAAUGAGACUGUCGGGUCAACGGAGGGCAAAAGACCGAAAGAGCGGCCGCGUCAAAGCAGCAGAUGCACCGGUGUCCCCUCAGCCCCCCAUGUUCUGCAGUUUCUGCAAACACAACGGGGAGUCCCAGCUGGUGUACGGAUCACACUGGCUGAAGAACCAGGCCGGGGAUGUUUUGUGUCCGUACCUGCAGCAGUAUGUGUGUCCCCUGUGCGGGGCCACAGGAGCCAAAGCCCACACCAAGCGCUUCUGUCCCAAAGUGGACAGCGCCUACAGCUCCGUGUACACCAAGUCCAGACGCUGA